CCUAUACUGAACGAUCUUGAACUUUUCGGAUUUGGUAUUGACAUUGAGGUUGGGUCUCCUCCAAAGAAAUACCUCUUGCUUUUUGACACCGGCAGCUCGGACACAUGGAUCCCAUCUCACAACUGUACGAAAGCCCAUGGCUGUCAGACUUCCAACGGCUACAAUCCCGCCGAGUCAUCGACCUACAAGUCCACUAAUUUUCCACUCAAUAUCACUUAUUCCAUCGGAAGUGCUCUGGGCAAAUAUUUUACUGAUAGGGUCAGCAUUGGAGACUUUACUGUACCCAAACAACUAGUUGCCUACAUAGACUCAAACAAAGGCCCCAUUGCAACCCAAAACGCAUCAAAUGAAUUCAUUAUGGACGGUAUAUUCGGUGCCGGGUAUCCUGCUGGAAGCAUAAUCUAUCAAAAUUUCGGAAAGACCUUUUAUCCCUUCCCCAUGUCUUUGUGGUACAGCAAGCUUAUCCCUGAACCUGUCUUUUCGAUCUCUUUUGAAGAUUCUAACAAAACAGACUGGUCAGGAGAAGUUGUAUUUGGUGGAGUAGAUCUUUCAAAGACGUCAGGAAAGAUGGUCUACACCAAUGUGCUUCCAUACAACGGUACAAGUGUCAAGGAUUUUAUGGUUUCUCUUAAAAAUUCCACGGGCACAAAGAAAGCGUCUUUUAUCAAUACCCAGCCAUUCAGCAUUGAUACCGGCUCCACUUUUAUAUACCUCCCCGAGGUGGAAGCCGAAACUCUCGCAAGAUAUGUUGACCCAAACGCUACUCUUGCAAACGGCUUUUAUUUCGUGGACUGCUCCUACUUGACCUCUAGUAAUGUCUUUAGCGUCUACUUUCCUGCCGAACACGAUCCGGCUAGCCCUGCCAGCAACAAGUCAAUGUCUAUUAACGUAUCCAUAUCUGACCUGAUCGGUACUAUAAACAACGAAUGUGUUCUGCUCAUCGUACCCUGGAAGUACCGCAUCAUUGGUAAUAUCUUUUUACGCAAGUUUGUUACCUCUUUUGAUUUUGGCCAGAACCGAAUUGGGUUUGCUCCACUA